AUGAUAGCUCCCCCUGAUGUGGCCUGGGGGGACGACGUUGGGGUGGCCUAUGCAGACCCCGACGAGGUGCUUGACCCCUGCGCCUUCUCUGUAGCGUAUCCUCUGUACUCUGUGGAUUCAGAGCUCUCGACAGAGAGCUCCAAUAGGCAGUGGUCUUGCCGCCUGCUGCCAUGUCUCCCGCCGCUCGGGCUGGUGUCUGCAUCGUUAGGUCUGCAGCUGGGAGCUGUUUUUCUGCUACUGGCUGCUGCUAGCAAUGGCAAGCGCCUCCACGGGCUGAAGCCGAGUUCGUUCGACCCGGAACUGCCUGCCAUUUACACGUAUUUGUUGCAGAGAGACCCGAAGACCUACGCCUGGUGCCUCGCAUACGUGUUUGCUGCGUUGUUGCUGUUAUUCUGUGUGCUGACGACGGGGGCAACAGCAAUCGCCGUUUUCCUGGGCUGCUGCAAAUGGGCCCGCGUCAUGCGCGGCUUGAGCAUCGUUCAGGCCUUCAUAUGCCUCGGGGCAGCUGCCACAUGCGCUACAUGGCUAGCCGGCUACGCAGUGGCGCAGUCUGGCUUGCGGGGCACAAAUAUCAAUGCCUUCCUUGCGCCUUUCAACUACGGCACCCUUCUUUUUGUUAAGACACACGAGGUCAUGAUUCGAGCUGCAGGCGUUAUGCUCGCUGCAGCUACAGGGGCUAGCGCUCGAGCAUCGAGAGCCACUUGCCACGACACUGCGGUCGGAGCCACAGUGACGUCUUUUGCGUUAAUUGUGUCUUGGGCGGUGAGCUUCCUGCUCUUGCAGGCUGCGGUAGGAGGUAUGGCGCCGCCUGUGUUUGGAGUUCCUUCUGGGUUUUUGUCUUUCGCUUGCUUGUUGAGUUUGAACUUCGGGUGUUUUGGGCGUUGGCGUUUGGCGGUGUUGAUGGGGCUGUUUGGGGCGUCGGCUUUCGUGGCGCUCUUAGCCUGGUCCGCUGCCCAGGAGACGUAUACUAUCGUCUACAGCAACCGCAUCCACUCGGAGACGCCUCUUGUAGUACAGCUGAAGCGGCUGGUGAACAUUAAGCAGUGGGCUCGGGCCCUAGGGCACAAGAUAGGCGUGGCCUCCCUCGUACAGCUAGCUGCUGCGCAGACUGUGCUAUGUCUCUUCGCUGCUGCCAUUAUGUUUGGCCGCGUCUUCGGGCACAAAGUAGACGCAUGCAAAAGAAAAAGGAGACAGAAAAAAAGAGAUAAGGCCGUAUGCGACGCUAUCCACCAUGCCGCCACCACCCACGCGCACCCCCAGGCUAUUGUUGAAACCUAUGCCGCUGAACCGGUUUUCGAUGCCUCCGUCCCUUCUCCUCUGCCGUUACCCCUCCCUCCUCCCUUAGAGCCCACAAAAAUCCUCGUGCCCCCGCCUCCCCACGCGGUCUUGCCGUAG